GUUCCAACAGGGUCAUUGAAAUUAUGAAGCGCGAUAAACAGACCGAAUGAGUAAUGGUACAUUUUAUAUAAUCGAGACAUUUAAUUCCCUGAAAAAAGUACAAUUAAUAAGAAAGAAUAAUUUUUAAAAAAAGUAACACGCGCAAAAGGAUGUCCCAUCGGUGUUGGGGCGUGAUAGGGAACGAUCGGAUAGAAUUCGAGUCCUUGUCGGACGAGACCCUGGAGGGUGCUCUCAAUGUGAUACGAAAGAGCUUCUUUCUCUAUGAGAACACAUGCAUAGGCGUGGAAUUGACUUCUGAAUCGGGAGCGUCUGAGGAACUUGAGAAACUUUGUUUGUACGCGGCUAAAGACGGUGUGAGCGUGGUAGCUGUCGUUGUUGACACAAAUGAGGUAAUCGGUGUCGCGUUCAACAAAAUCCAAGUGGCUAGCAAUAGCUCCGAGAAAAGUUUCUUCGAACACUUCAGCGAAAAUUGCCGAUGCAAAUCAUCGAAGGCUUUAGUGGACUUAAUGAUAGACAUGGAUUCACGGAUAAAUCUCUUCCAGCACUACAAUGUCAACUGUAUUCUCGAGAUCAUGUUCUUGGCAACAUUACCUCCUUAUGGGAAGCAAGGAGUAGGUGAAAUGCUGGUCGCCUCGUCGUUGGAACUCGGUAAUGUGUUAAAACGUGGCGGAAAUGUGAGGAUACCUAUCACGAUACACGGCAGCAAUGAAGUGACGAAUGCAAACGGAGUGCCGGCUUUGGCUUCUGCUAUUAUGACAUCCAAUUACUCGUAUCGAAUUGCGAUGAAACUAUCCUUCAGUCAGCUUUUGGAAGUUCCAUUUGAUGAGUACGAAUUCAACGGGAAGAAGCUCAGCGAGAGAAUAGGCCAGGAGCAUCGACGAUGUGUCUUGGUAGCUAAGAGACUCUCUUCGAUUUAGACAACAAUCGCAUGAGUAAUUUUGUAAACAGAGAAUUUUUUUACAUUGUAAUCGGUUUGCUUUAUCGGAUUUAGAAAUAAUAAUAAAAAUUUGUUAUCUUUAUUUUAUAUA